AUGGGUUUAAUUAACAGUGGUUGGUGGUGUUCGCCGCCUAGUCACCUCACGGGGCUGUCGCGUUCAGUCAAUAAACUCGUGGUGAAACGAUCUCAAGGAGCUGUGAAAUAACUAGUCGACUAAUUAUAUUAUAGGGUGUGUGUGUCUACCCUACAGCCUGUGUGGUAAGCAAUCAGCAAACUAAGAAAACAACUACUGAUAGUAAAGAGCAAACAACCAUGAAACUGUUCUGUCAGAGAGAUCAUCCUAAUGGGCUUAAAGUGCUGUUGGCAUCAGCCUUCUCUGGCAAUGCUGUGACAGUUGUUGAAGACAAAGGUGUGUCAUCGGGAGCAGUGCUGGAGGUGACGGAGGGUAAUGUGACAUUCCAUCUUCAUGCCAACAGUGCGGUCCUUUUUCUACUCCACAAAUCUAAGCAAGAUUUAGCGGAUGGUUGGUACUCUCAAGACUGUGAAAAAUGGCUUGAAUGGGAAGCAACUGUAUUCCAGCCUGCUCUUGUGCCUUACCUGACUUCUGUUGCUGGAGGUAAGGAGGAUAAGUCUCUGAGAGCUGUCAUGGACUCCUUACUGGCCAACCUGUAUGCUUCUAACCAACUAAAUAACAAGGACUUGAGUGCAAUAUCUGUGGUAUUUUUCUCAUCAUUAUUGCCUUUGACAAGUGAGGCGACAAGUCUUACUUUCCUGGAAGAACGUCACCCUACUCUCUUGGCUUAUAUCAACACUCUGAAGGAACAGGCACAAUAUAAGGAGUGUGUUGAAUCUUGGUACAGCAGCAGUAGUACACUCAAGACCUGGGUAGCCCAAACUUCCAUUCCUCUCAGUCCUGUUCAUUCUACCUUGUCUCUCCUCAAAGGAUCUCCCCUAACUCCCCAGUCUCCAAGCACUUCAACCUCCUCAGGCUCACCUGAACACGGUAAACCAGUGCGUGCGACAAUGUCUGCUGAGCAAAUAAAAGAAGCUCGGUGUGCAUGGCUACAACCUCCCCCAAACUCAACAGUGUCAGCAGCCCGGGUAGCCCCUGUACUUCCUGUAGAGGGAGAGUCAAAUAUUCUUAUUACUUCUGCUUUGCCUUAUGUCAAUAAUGUACCACAUCUUGGAAAUAUUAUCGGUUGUGUUCUGUCUGCCGACUGCUAUGCAAGAUUUUGUCGUUUACGAGGAGACAACACUUUAUAUAUUAGUGGUACAGAUGAAUAUGGAACAGCAACUGAAACCAAAGCCAUUGCUGAAGGUCUUACACCACAGCAGAUAUGUGAUAAAUACCAUGCCAUACAUGCUAAUGUUUAUAAGUGGUUCAAUAUUAGUUUUGAUCACUUUGGCCGCACAACAACAGAACACCAAACUAGGAUUGCCCAGGAUAUUUUUGAAAAGUUGGAUAAAAAUGGGAAAAUAUUUAAAGAAUCCGUGGAACAAUUGUAUUGCAUUAAAUGUGAGCGUUUUCUAGCUGACAGGUUUGUAGAAGGAACGUGUCCUCACCCAGGUUGUGGCUAUGAAGAUGCUCGGGGUGAUCAGUGUGAUGGUUGUGGGAAAUUGAUUAAUGCCAUGGAGCUGGUGAAACCUCGCUGUAAACUUUGCUUUAAUCUACCUGAAGUCAGAUCCUCGAAUCAUCUUUUCCUGGACCUGCCAUCAAUUGAGCCUUCAUUGAAGUCCUGGUUAGCAACAUCCUCCAAACAGUGGACUAGCAACGCUAAAGUUAUAUGUGACUCCUGGAUAAGAGAUGGUCUCAAAACCCGAUGCAUCACCCGUGACCUGAAAUGGGGCACUGCAGUCCCAAAGGAUGGCUUUAGAGAUAAGGUAUUCUAUGUGUGGUUUGAUGCUCCCAUUGGCUAUAUUAGCAUUUCUGCCUGUUAUACUGAUCAGUGGGAGAAGUGGUGGAAGAACCCCAGUCAAGUUCAGUACUACGAAUUCAUGGCUAAGGAUAAUGUUCCAUUCCAUAGUGUUGUGUUUCCUUCGACUCAGUUGGGUACUGGUGAAAACUGGACUAAAGUCACACACCUUGUAGCCACUGAAUAUCUAAACUACGAGGACGGUAAAUUCUCAAAAAGUCGUGGUACAGGAGUAUUUGGUGACCAGGUUAUUGACACGGGGAUUCCCAGUGAUGUAUGGCGAUUCUACCUCUUAUACCUUAGACCUGAGGUUCAUGACACCGCUUUCUCUUGGGUUGAUCUACAGACUAAGAACAACAGUGAACUUCUUAAUAAUCUGGGAAAUUUUGUACAUAGAGCACUUUCCUUUGUGUUUAAGUUCUUUGCAUCAACUUUACCCCCAGCAAAACCUAGUGAAUCUGAUUAUCAGGUUAUGGCAGCAGUGAACCAGGAAUUCCAGCAGUACACCUCCGCUCUGGCAAAUAAUCGUCAGCGAGAUGGGCUACGAUAUAUCCUCUCUAUAACAAGGAUUGGGAACCAGUACAUUCAAGAGCACGAACCAUACAAACUUAUAAAACCAAAUCGUUCAGCAGAAGACAAGGAACGAGGGGCGACAGUGACUGCAAUAGCCAUCAAUAUUGUAGCUUUAGUGUCCAUAAUUUUGGAUCCCUAUAUGCCAGAGACGUCAGAACGCAUCAAGGUCUUUCUGAAUUUACCAACACAUUUUCAGCGACUUCCCAGAUUGUUUACACAGUUCCUUCCUUCUGGCCAUGUCAUUCAGGAACCAAAACCCCUCAUCAGUUCAAUUGAUGAUGAAGUAAUUCAGAAACUCGGCAAACAGUUUGGUGGUCAAGCUUCAGCAGAGAAGAAACCUGUUGACCCGUCUGAGGUAGCACGUCUAGAAGGCUUAAUCACAGAACAGGGGAACAAGGUGCGAAAAUUGAAGGAGAAUGGCACGGCCAGCAAGGACGUGGUGGCCGCAGAAGUGGCAACAUUAAUUGCUUUGAAGGGCCAGCUAGCAGCUGCACAGGGUGUCGACCCAGCGGCUGCCAGCAGUAAGGACAAGAAAAAGAAGAAAGGAGGAGCAACAGUGAAGGCAGAACCCAGUCCUGCCAAGACACCAGCAGCUGUUCCAAAUGGUCCAGUAGACGAGAAUGAAGUGAACCGUUUACAAGCGUUAAUCACACAGCAGGGUGAUAAAGUUCGUGCCAUCAAAGCUAGAGGUGAUGCUCCCAAGGAUGAAAUUGGUUCCGAGGUUGCCAAACUUUUGGAUCUCAAGAAACAGUUAGCAGUAGCUCAGGGAAUUGAUCCGGCUACUCUCAAUUCUAAAGAAAAAAAGAAAAAGAAGUAAGAGUAAAUGGGAGAAGAAAGGCAGCUGUAACUCAAAUGUGUGACAUAAGUUACCAUCAUGCACAGUCAAAGACAAAAGUCGUGUUGUGAAAUUUGGUGAAAACAUGUGUCGAAGGGCUAAACUUUUGGUGCUCUCUGCUUUGUGGUAGGGCUCUCAUAAUGUCAUGAGUUAUAUUUAAUCUUCGGUCAAAACCGCGACAUGACUUUUGUCUUUGACUGUACAGUCCUGUAUUAUCUUGUAACUUGAUAAACUACACUUAGUUGUGCAGAAUUUAAUGCAACUACUAUACUGUACACUAGAAGGGUUAUAACUACUUAAUGGGUAAUUUUUUGUGAAGUGGAUUAAAUUUGGUUUAAUGAGCUACUUACUUUUUUAAAGUUAUAACAGGAAAAAUGUACAUGGAAAUGAGUAGAUUUUAAUUAAGAGAAAAGUUUUGAUUGUGAACUUCUUGUUAAGAUGUUUGGACUAAAGGUUUGUUAUAACCCAGGUUAUUUUUUACUUUUUGAAGUAAAUAAUUUAAAGAUUUCUAACUUACUGCUAAUAUAUAUAAUGUAAUUCAGGCAUAGUCAUUAAGUCUAUAGGGUGUUGAAAAGCUCAGGUUCCCAAGACCCAAAAUUUGUGACUAAAGUCUAAAUCUCAAAGAAAAUUUGGAAAUGAAAUAAACCUUCUAACUUAGUAAAUUUCUCAGAAGUACACAUUACUUGUCUUGGCAGUUGUCCUUAGAAAUUUGAAAGUCUUUGUGCCUAGAUGGCUUACAUGGCAGUGAAAACUCUCACCCUUCUCCCUCUAGAGGGAACUGCCAUAAUAAAUGUCUUCUCCUUUCCAGAAAUCCAAUAUGGUGCAAAGUCUAUCUACUUUUCAAACUUUAUCUGAUUUUUAGAUCUCGGUCACAAGUUUUGGGAACCUGAGUUUUUUAUCCUGUGUCCUUACUGACUACAUGAGACAGCCAAUCCUUCUUGGCUAGAAAAUAUGAUUCUAGGAUCAGUCUGUCAUUUAGUAUAUAAUACAUUCCUAAUGUUUAAUUAAAAUUCAGAGAGGCACAUGUUUACCCCAGAUAAAAUGACAAUCUGUGUUUUGGUCUAAACUAAUGUGUGCCUUUGCCCUCUUCUUCCCCUCCCCUUCCUCUUUAGUUGAAAUUCAGAAUUUACAUAUGGUGCUCACUUAUUUUCAGCAAAAAUUUGAUUUUGUUUGUGCACUUUAAAUGUUAAUAACCUUGUGCACAAAGUUAAUUUGUUUACUGGAUACUCUACUGGUGUCUGAUUUUCAUUCACAUACCAUGAAAAAGUCUAGCAUGAGCUUUGUAGGAGCAGAAGGGUAAGGGAGAGGUCAUUCUCUGCUCUCACAAUGGCUGUUCUUAUGAGAAUGAUAGUAGAAACAUUCAGAAGAUAGUCAUCAUUUCAAGAUUCUAGGUUAUAUUGACCAGAAUAAGUCUUAAAUGUGUACCUACUGUACAUUACUCUCAAAUUUACCUUCAAUUUAAAGAUUUGCGUAUACAGUGCACUGAUAUUUAUUGACUUUCUGGUGAUCUGUAUGGUUUCUCACUGCCAUUAUCAAUACCUGUGUACAUAAUUACUGAUUUUUUUUUAAACAUAACCUUUGUACUGUACAGUGAAUGGUCACAGUCCUGAUUAAAAGUUUUGAUACUGGAUUCAUUUAUAGAUGUGCCUAGUAUGUAGGGAAGAGUAGCAAAGAAAGGAUUUGUUUGUGUGGGUGUGUUCUUUGAGCUAUACAUGUGAGUUUAUGGAUGUGCAGGUGGAUUUAUGAAGGAUUUAUUACUUUUUUAAUGGCGUACCUAAAGAAUGUGUGGUUGUGAAGACAGUCUUUAUAUUGUGUGUAUGUGCAGUAAGUUGUUUAUUUAUACUGUAUAUAUUUAUAUAUAAUAUACAGUACCUGUACACAUGUAUUUAUUUUUCUCCCUUUCUCUCUCUCUCGAUAACUUUCAUUCCCUAAAAAUAUAUUUGUGUACAGUUACAAGCUGUGAAUGGUUUGUGUAGUGGUUUGAAUGUAUUAUCCUGACUAGAUAUGAAAAAUGUACUUAAUGAAGUAACCUAAUUUGCCAUUAGUCAUUGAUAUAUUGUCAUGUUCUUGAGUUAUUUGGGGAAUUACCUUAAUGGAAUUGCUUUUACAGGGCAACAGAUACGUACUGUAUAUCAUUACAUUUCAUGUGCUCGAUUAAAAUUAAUAAUUAUGAA